AUGAGCUUUACGUUCUCUAAAAGCUUUACCCCCAAUGAGCUCCCCGACCUGAGCGGCAAGGUCGUCGUUGUCACCGGCGGCAAUUCUGGUGUCGGCUUUGCGACGAUCUUGCAUCUUGCGCGACAUGGUGCGAAGGUGUACAUGGCUGCGCGUAAUGAACAGCGCGCCACCGCGGCUAUCGAGCGGCUGCGCGCUGCAGGGCUGGGCCCCGGAAAUGGCGAGGUGAUUUGGCUUCCCCUCGACUAUAGUGACCCGCGGCUGGCAAAAGCGGCCGCUGAAGAACUCAUGGAGAAGGAGGACCGGCUGGAUCUGUUUCUGUCUGACAUGGGUAUUUUCAGACAUACAAGAUGUUGUGAUGGUCAAUCGCUCCUGCCACUCAUGAAGAAGACGGCAAGCGAGCCAAACAGCGACGUCCGCAUCGUUGAGGUGUCUUCUGCAGGUCAUGCUAUCGUGCCGAGCAACGUCUGUUUCAAAACCCGAGAUGACCUCAACCGGGAUUGCAAAGAUACAUUCUUCGACAAGUCCAACCGCUACAACUUGACGAAGUUCAUGGGCAUGCUGCACGUUAAGGAAUUGCAGCGACGUCUCGACGCGGAGGGCGUACCCAUCAUCGUCAUGGGAGUGCACCCCGGGAUAGCUUACGCCCACUCCGCCGGGCCCGUGCUCUCGCCUGUGUACACUUUUAUUGCGAACAUGUUCUUCACGCCGCCCGAAAAGGGCGCGUACAGCACUACGUUCGCCGCGGCGGCGCCUGCGGUGCGCACGGAUCCAGAGACGUACCGUGGCGCAUAUAUCGUGCCGCCGGGCAAGGUCGCGCCUGCAGGAAAGCAGGUACAGAAUGCUGAGCUAGCGAAGGAACUGUGGGAGACCACUGAGAGGCUCAUGGAAGAGAUUGGUGUAUAG